AUGCCACCCAAAGCUCCUCCCCGCCGCGGAGGAGCAGCAGCAGCAGCAGCAGCAGCAGGAACCCGCCGCACGACCGCCGCCGCCUCCGCCUCCGCCGCUGAACCCAACAAUGCUCCCACCACCGAAUCUACGACUACGACUGCUGCUGCUGCCGGCCCCAAACCCCCGGUCCAGCGCCUCCAAACCCUGAAAAAACGCACCCCACCGUCGGGCAGCAUCGCGCGGCCGUCGCCGACUCCCGCCCCCGGCCCGCCCGGGAGCAAUGAACCCGCCAAACCGACCCUGAAGUACAAACCGCGGGCGGUGAACCGACGCAGCAAGGAGGAGCGUGAGGCGAUCGAGAAGCUCGAGGCCCAGCGGAACCGCGAGCGGUUGAAGGAGGCCGCUGCCAUUCAGCGGGGGCGCGGUGGUGGACAGCAUGGCGGAGGGAGAGGCGGGCGCGGGGGCAUGCGCGGUGGGAUGAUGGGGCCCGGGGGAGGGCCGUUGGGGCCUGGGAUGGGUGGAGCGCGACGCGGGCGCGGUGGAGCGCUGGGUGGUGGGUUUGAUUCCCGGUCCCGGAGUCGGAGUGUGAUGGAUCUUGGAGCGACGCAGGUUGGGGAGGGUGGGGACGGGUAUGUGAGUUCGGAUGAGAGUGAUGGUGAGGUCCGGGUGAGUAUUGAUCGGAUUAAUUUGGGGAGUGAUGAUGAUGAUGAAGUGGACAAUAAGGAUCGGAAGGUGAAGCUGGAGGGUCGCGGGGGGAUUGGGGUCGGGGGGUUGAGGCCCCUCCGGUUGGAGAGGCAUGAGCAUGAGGAGCGCGUGGUUAGUGUUAAUAUGGAGUCUAGUACGACGGGGGCUGCGGAGGCGAAGAAGAAGGAGGCCGAGGCGGAGAAGGCGGAGAAGAAAAAGAAGAAGAAGGCGGAGGAUGAUGAUGCUUUGUUUGUCGCGCAGGAUGAUGAUGGGGGGGAGGAUGUUGAGGAGAAUGUGGAUGAGGAGGAUCAGAUCGUCAAGGAGGAGCCUACGGAUGAGGAGGAUCAGGUCAUGACUGAUGUGCCGCGUGCGGAUGAGGGCGCUACGAACGUCGAUGACGGCUUGCUCCCCGUGCAGAAGGUCAAGGUGCGCCGGAAGUUGAGCCCGUCUAAGUCGGUCUCGGAGUCCGCCGUCCCCAGCCCGGAGCCGGAGGUGGUCAUCGAUCCGAAGAGUUUGCUACGCACCAAGGAGGAUAUCGAGGAGUACGAGCGGCAUGAGCAGGAUCUGGAGAUCGUGAAGACCCUCUUCCAGAAGGAGCCCCGACCUGAAGCUCCGGAGGCGCUGGCGGGUGCCGCGGAGGGUGCCGCGGAAGGAGAGGACAAGGAGAAGGAGAAGGACAAAGAAGGCGACGAGGAGGAGCCCAAGGAAGAGGAGGAGGACAAGCUGGCUGGACAGCUGUUCCUCAUGCAAUUCCCUCCUUUGACUCCCAACCUGGUGCUGCCUGGUACCGAGACUACGGACUCACACCCCACCACCACUACCGAGACCCCAGCCACCGAACAGCCGGUCAAGCGCGAAGACGAGAUGGAGAUCGUUGAUGGUGACGAGAAUGCGACGGCCGCGCAGGGCUCCGCCAAGGUCGUCACUGCUGCGGAUCCCGGCCUAUUGGCUGGCCGAGUCGGCAAGUUGAACGUUCACGCAUCGGGUCGGGUGACGAUGGACUGGGGUGGUAUCAGCUUCGAGUUGGAUCGCGCGACGGCAGUGGACUUUUCCCAGGAAGCCCUGAUCGUCUCCACGCCGCCGAACGCGGGCGACGAGGAGUUCCCGGAUGAUGAGAAGAAGGUCUGGGCGAUGGGCCAGCUCAGCGGCAAGUUCACGGUGACGCCGGACUGGCAGAAGAUGCUAUGA